UAGUCUGCAGUCGCAUCAGCGCACAUCUCACACAUUCACACAGAGGAGCUUCACAGACCGGCGAGAUGUGGAGGAUAGUGGAGUUCGUGGCGUGUUUGCUUAUGAUGUCCAGUCAUGUAUCAUCUCAGAGCAAGAUCUUCGGGGAGGAACAAGUCCGCAUGACAUCAGAGGGAUCCGACUGCCGCUGUAAGUGCAUCAUGCGGCCUUUGACCCGGGACGCAUGCGCUCGCUUGCGGACAGGAAGUGUGCGCGGUGUGGAGGAUUUUGACACGGUGGAGACGGUGAGUUCGGGAGCCGACUGUAAAUGUUCCUGCACAGCUCCGCCCUCCUCUCUCAACCCCUGCGAGAACGAAUGGAAGAUGGAAAAACUCAAGAAACAGGCGCCAGAACUGCUCAAGCUGCAGUCCAUGGUGGACCUUCUGGAAGGUACUCUCUUCAGUAUGGACCUUCUCAAAGUUCACUCGUACAUCAAUAAGGUGGUGUCUCAAAUGAAUAACCUAGAGGAGAUGAUAAAGAUGAACCUCUCUCGGGAGAAUGACUUUGUGAGAGACAGUGUGGCGACUCUGACCAAUCAGCUACGGCAGUACGAGAACCAUUCUGACGUCAUGAUGAGCAUAAAGAAAGAGCUGUCCAAUCUGGGCCUACAGCUGCUGCAGAAAGACUCCACCGCCUCGGGCCCUAAAAGCAAAGUUCAGGACACACUGGGGACAAAUAUCAAAGAUGCUUCAAAGUUUCCAGCAAAGAAACCAGAAAAAGGGAAACCUCCACCAAAGCCAGUGAAGGAAAAGCCGGCCAAGCCGAAGAAAGAGACCACAAAACCAAACAAACCUGGUAAACCAGAGCAAACAGAACUGCCCAGUAAAACCAAACCUUCACAGAACCAACCAGGACUUAUCCGAGGAAUCACAUACUAUAAAGCCACCAAAACUGAUGAGACAGGCAACCAAAAAGAGAGACCUGAUGAAACGGACACGUUGCUUGAGGUAGAGGUAGAGGAAGAGGAAAGUACCAUAUUUCCUGACACCUUAGCAACAGAGACAACCCCGGCAACUGUACCCAUGACAAUAACAACAACCACUCCUCCCACAACAACAACAACAACAACCCAGAGGACGACAACAACUAGCAGAACAAUAUACAGAGAGGAGCGACCGGCUCCAACCAUUGCACUAGUGCUGGACAACACCAGCAACAACUCAUACAUCGCAGUUAAAGAGCACAGCUGUGAAGGGACGCUGGCCUCCGUUGAUCUGCCGGUCAAACAGCACAGUUACGGGAGAAAUGAGGGCGCAUGGAUGAAGGAUCCCGCCACCAAGGACUCCAAAAUCUACGUCACCAACUAUUACUACGGCAACAACCUUGUGGAGUUCCGGAACUUGGACAACUUUAAACAGGGCCGUUGGAGUAACCUGUACAAGCUGCCUUAUAACUGGAUCGGAACAGGUCAUGUUGUGUACAGAGGAGGGUUUUACUAUAACCGUGCCUUCACAAAGAACAUCAUCAAAUACGACCUCAAGCAACGAUUCGUAGCCGCCUGGGCUCAGCUCCACGACGUCGUCUACGAAGACACCACACCUUGGAAGUGGAAAGGCCACUCUGAUAUCGAUUUCGCCGUGGACGAGAACGGACUUUGGGUCAUUUACCCGUCUGUUGACGAUGACUACGGACAGGCCGAGGUCAUUGUAGUCAGUAAACUAGAUCCCAAUGACCUGUCUGUCAAAAAGGAGACAACAUGGAGGACGAGACUGCGAAGAAAUUCGUUCGGGAACUGCUUCAUAAUAUGUGGCGUCCUCUACGCGGUGGACAUUUACAAUCAGCGGGAAGGGGAGGUUUCGUAUGCAUACGACACGCUCACGGGGGCCGAGGCGUCACCGCGUUUACUGUUCAUUAACGAAUACGGGUUCACCACACAAGUCGAUUACAACCCAAAAGAGAAGGUUCUGUACGCCUGGGACAGUGGACACCAGCUCACCUACAGCAUCAACUUUGUAGAGCAAGAAAAGAAAUGAAAUCAGACUUUAGCAAUCUUAUUUACUCAAAGCAAAAGCCACUUCCUGAUUGUAACUGCCUCAUUGGUUCCACUGACAAAUGCUCUCUUGAAACGGUUCAUUGUCUCCUCAUGAAUUUUAAUAGACAUUUGUUUGAGAUUAUAUAAGAACAAAGGGAUUACAUAACCGCUGCUCUAGAAUUCAUUACCAAAUCUAGAAUCCCGUCGAAUGAAAUCUAAAGGCCUUCUCACAUGAUUCACGUCAAAAUUCCCAAUGCAUUAAACUCUGUGGAGCGAAGCUACUCCCAGUUUCUUGUUGUGCACAGGUUGACCCAUAUCAACUUUGACCAUUUUGAAUUAGCAUACAAUUACACAUCGCUUAAAGUUAACCAAUUUCAUCUUUCUUUCCACAUGCCGCUGACAUUUUUAAGCAUGUUUAUUGGAAAAUGUGUAUAACGUUCCUUCUUUUUUGCAACUUAAAACAGGACAGGAUAGUUUUUUGUAUUUGCACAUAACACUUGUCCUGACGUCCAAUUAAGUUCUAAUACGAUUCAUGUGAAAGGUUCUAAAGUGUUCACAAUUGACCCUUUGCAAAGACCUGAUGCUGUUGCUACAUCCGAGAAGCCAUGGCGCUCUCACGCACACAUCAUGUAGCGCCUUAGUUCAAGUGGCACAUGAACCGAUCAUCUCUUUCUCUUUACUAGUUAUAGCAUGAAAUAAACAUAAAAGAACAUCAG